ACACAUUCACCCGCGUCUUCUCGGCAACAAUGAAGGGUGUGAAGGUGGCAAUUUUGUGCUGCCUCCUGGUGGCGGUUUGGGCCGACGCGGACGCCGACGCGGACGCUGACGCUCAACGCGGCAGGAACAACAGGAGGCGAGGGAAUGCAAGAUUCUUUGGCGGUGGGCUCUCCGGCGGUGGCUUCCCCGGCGGCGGUGGUUUUGGCGGCGGUGGCUUCCCCGGCGGCGGUGGUUUUGGCGGCGGUGGCUUCCCCGGCGGCGGUGGUUUUGGUGGCGGUGGCUUUCCCGGCGGCGGUCUCCAGGCGCAGUGCAGGUACUGGUGCCGCACGCCCGAGGGCCAGGCCUACUGCUGCGAGGGCGCCCAGCAGCCGCAGCGGCCGGUCGGGACCAAGUUCGGGCAGUGUCCCCCGGUGCGGCCCACCUGCCCGCAAACCCGCUUCGGGCCCCCGCAGACGUGCUCCAACGACUACAACUGCGCCGGCAGGGACAAGUGCUGCUUCGACAGGUGCCUGGGAGAACACGUGUGCAAGCCGCCCUCGUCGUUCGGCUUUUUCGGAUAAAGGGAGAAUCGGUGGAUUGUCUGUUCGAUAAUGAACGACCAAUAAAGAUAGCGGAUGAGACCACAGCUAAUCUGCAA